GAAUAAUGGCAAGUCGCUGCUGAUAACCCUUGCAGACUUGGCCGUCCUUAACCUUAAAACCAGCACGGCAGCCCGGCUGGAAAAUCACGCGACGCCGCUGAAAUCUCCUAAUUAGAGCACUUGUAGAAUUCGAGAGCGGAGACGAUUGAGUAUUAAAAAAUACGGCGAGAGAUAAACAGUCGGGUGAGUGAGAUAAGUAGUACUUAAAAACGUUCGGUCUGUCCUAUCGCAGUUUCGAAUUCAAUCGAGCGGAUAAAGCCGCAGCAAUGAGACGAUAAAAGCGAGGCGAUUCUCUCGAGCUCGACUUUCAGAAGAUCGACAUACCUUUCUGUCGUCGACACUCAACAUCUUCGGCUCUUCUCUGUGUAUUCAACUUGUCUCUCCUGCGCACAAUGCACUGGCUGUUUCAAGCGAGGAAGCUCGAAGGAACACGUUCGGAGCAAGAAGUCGGUGAUAGAGCUGGCUCUUGUCCUCUGAGAAUCAGAGUAUCAGACUCGAGUUAUACGGCGAAGGUCGGCAAGGGGUCGCCGAAAAUUAUAACUAUACGACUAUGCUAUACUUCGAGAAUUCGAGGACGUUUUGCUCUCUCUCUCUCUCUCUCUCGCCGCGACGAGUCUCAAAAUUACACACGCACGCGAGCAUGUGUGCACACGCGUCUAUUUACGCUGCCAUGUUGAUGCUGCCAAGACACAUACACUGCAGACUACUUAUUGCUUAUACAGUUUGUGUUUUGGUUCGCUUUUAUCAGUCGUCGGUUAUACCAUAUGGAUUCGCGAAUCUGCGAAUUCGCGAGUUUUGCUGCCGCGAUUGAACGACAGAUGCGCCACCGUCGUCGACUCGACAGCCUUCUUCGCGAAAACAUUCUCGGGUCAGGUUAGGCGUGGUGAAGCAGCCCGCGAGUGCACAACAACAAACGUCAAAACAUGACGUCCAGUUAUUAUUUUGCGAUUGUUGGCCACGCGGACAACCCCCUGUUCGAAAUCGAGUUUAGCAACUCGAACAAGGAUGCGAAGAAGGAGGAUCAUUCGCAUUUGAGCCAGUUCAUUGCUCAUGCUGCUCUUGAUUUGGUGGACGAGCAUGUCUGGAAAACUACCAACAUGCAUCUCAAAGUCGUCGAUAAAUUCAAUCAAUGGUUUGUCAGUGCUUUCGUCACAGCCACUCACAUAAGGUUUAUCAUGGUUCACGAUUGCAAGAACGACGAUGGGAUCAAGAAUUUCUUCAAUGAGAUGUACGAGACUUAUAUCAAGUACUCGAUGAAUCCGUUUUACAAAUUGAAUACUCCAAUUAAGUCUGUAGGUUUCGAAAAAAAGGCACAAUUCUAUGGGAGAAAGUAUUUAACUUCGUGAUAAUUCCAAUUUCACGUGUAGAUGUAAUUUUAUUUAUGUACAUAUUAAAUUACCGUAUACAUAUAUAAAGAUUUUAUAUGAAUUAAAAAAUUAUUCUAAUAAAUAAUUUCAAUUAUGUUUAA